UCAUCAAGCCAUGUGGUGUAAAGGAUAAUUCCAGAAGCAUACUGUCUGCAAGGUGGAAGCUAGCUCGUAUUGUUGGUUUAAUAGACCUAAUUUAGGAGAAAUUAUUGGUACCUGCUUUCUUGGUUCGGUAAUAAUAAAGCAUACUGGUGUUUACAAAUUGAGGAAAAUGUUGAGCAUAGCAAAAACCUUUUCGCAAACCUUCUCUUCAAGCUGUGUUCGAGGUGUACCAUCUUUAGUGAAAAAGGCUUGCUGGAAUCGGUUGCCAGAACAUGUAAUACAGACUGCAUCCAGACGUGAAUAUGCUUCAGAAGCAAUCAAAGGAGCAGUGAUUGGAAUUGACUUGGGGACCACAAAUUCUUGUGUGGCUGUCAUGGAAGGGAAACAAGCAAAGGUGCUUGAAAAUGCAGAAGGUGCAAGGACAACUCCAUCAGUUGUAGCAUUCACAGCUGAAGGGGAGAGACUAGUGGGUAUGCCAGCCAAAAGGCAAGCUGUCACUAAUCCAAACAACACACUCUAUGCAACCAAACGCCUGAUUGGGAGACGCUUUGAUGACCCUGAAGUACAGAAAGAUUUAAAGAAUGUCCCCUAUAAGAUAGUACGUGCCUCCAAUGGAGAUGCCUGGAUAGAGGCACAUGGAAAGCUGUACUCACCUAGCCAGGUUGGGGCCUUUAUUCUGAUGAAGAUGAAAGAGACUGCAGAGAGUUAUUUGGGCCAUAUGGUGAAGAAUGCUGUUGUGACUGUACCAGCCUAUUUUAAUGAUUCUCAGAGACAGGCAACCAAAGAUGCUGGUCAGAUUGCAGGUUUAAAUGUGCUCAGAGUCAUCAAUGAGCCUACAGCAGCAGCUCUGGCAUAUGGACUUGACAAGACUCAGGACAAGGUUAUUGCAGUGUAUGAUCUCGGAGGAGGCACCUUUGACAUAUCGAUUUUAGAGAUCCAGAAAGGAGUUUUUGAAGUGAAAUCUACCAAUGGUGACACAUUCUUAGGUGGUGAAGAUUUUGAUCAGUAUCUGCUAAGGCAUAUAGUGAAAGAGUUCAAGCGAGAGUCAGGUGUGGACCUAACCAAAGACAACAUGGCAUUGCAGAGAUUGAGAGAAGCAGCUGAGAAGGCCAAAUGUGAGCUUUCAUCUUCUCUGCAGACUGACAUCAACCUGCCUUACCUAACAAUGGACAGCUCUGGUCCCAAACACUUGAACAUGAAGCUUACCCGUGCCCAGUUUGAGGGUAUUGUGGGAGAUCUAAUUAGAAGGACUGUGGCCCCAUGUCAGAAGGCCAUGCAAGAUGCUGAUGUUUCUAAGAGUGACAUUGGAGAAGUCCUACUGGUUGGGGGAAUGACUCGCAUGCCGAAGGUUCAGCAAACAGUACAGGAUCUGUUCGGUAGGGCCCCCAGUAAAUCUGUUAACCCAGAUGAAGCAGUGGCUAUUGGGGCUGCCAUCCAAGGUGGUGUAUUGGCUGGAGAUGUGACAGAUGUACUCCUGCUAGAUGUCACUCCCCUCUCUUUGGGAAUUGAGACUCUGGGAGGAGUGUUUACCAAACUUAUAAAUCGGAAUACGACUAUUCCUACCAAAAAAAGCCAGGUGUUUUCUACUGCUGCUGAUGGGCAAACACAAGUAGAAAUUAAAGUUUGCCAAGGUGAGCGUGAAAUGGCAGUGGAUAAUAAACUCCUUGGACAGUUCACAUUGGUUGGCAUCCCUCCUGCUCCCCGUGGAGUCCCGCAGAUUGAAGUUACUUUUGAUAUUGAUGCUAAUGGAAUUGUGCAUGUUUCUGCUAAAGACAAAGGCACUGGACGUGAACAGCAAAUUGUAAUCCAGUCUUCUGGUGGUCUGAGUAAGGAUGACAUUGAGAACAUGAUUAAAAAUGCUGAAAAAUAUGCAGAGGAAGACAGAAAGAGAAAGGACCGUGUUGAGGCUGUUAAUAUGGCUGAAGGCAUUGUCCAUGAUACCGAAUCAAAGAUGGAGGAGUUUAAGGACCAACUACCCACUGAGGAGUGCAAGAAGCUUCAGAAUGAGAUUACUAAAGUGAGAGAUCUACUUUCAAGGAAGGACCUUGAGACUGGUGAAAACAUCAAACAGGCUGCCACAGAUCUACAGCAAGCAUCUCUAAAGCUCUUUGAGAUGGCUUAUAAGAAAAUGGCAUCAGAGAGAGAAGGCAGCACUGGCAGUUCAAGCGGAAUGGAGACAGGAGAGAAAAAGGAAGGACAACAGUAGAGCGUUUAAAGCUGUUUGAUUGAUUAUCCUUUGACUGAAGACUAACAUCUUAGUCUUCAGUUAUUCCUACAUAUUGCGUUAUCACAGUAUCCCAUUUGUUAUUGUAUUUAUCCCAUUUGUUAUUGUACCAUUGCUGAAGUUAGUUUCAUGUGUCCUUUUCAAGUUACAUUGAUCAACUUAUUGUAGUUUUCUGCUACUUGUAUUGUCAGAUUACUGCUUUUGUGGCAUUUGUAUUAAAAAUUGUAAAUUAAAUGUUUCCCCCCUCAGGAUAAAGCAUGAGUGCUUUGCUUUGUGUCGCUCCAUAAGUGAGAUCUCCAAUAGUCGAUACAAUCAACAGUGCUGUGAAGAAUUAUUUGUGCUCGAUUUGUACUGACAGUUAUUUUUUGAUUGCCUCUAUUUGUGCAAUUUGUCACAAAUGUUUUCAGAACCUUAUACAGCAUAGGAGACCGGGAGAACACAAGGAAACAACAUAUGCUUUUUAGGGAUUGUUGUAAAACCCUUUUUCUUCAGUAAAUGAAACAUUGUCACCCUAGUGAAAAGGUAAUUGCCCCUUUAACACUUUUAAAAACUUGAAGGCAGGCUUUCACAUUAAUGUUGAGGAAUUUUGGCCCACAUUUUGCACAUUUUUUAAUCCAACCACAUUAUAGGUCUUUUGACUUCCCAUUCAAAACUUGCCACAGGAUCUUAAUUAGGUCCAAGUUAGGACUUUGACUAGGCCACUGCAAAAUUUAAAUUUUGUUUCUUUAAUUUAUGGGUGUAUUUGAUCAUUGCUGCAUAACCCAGUGGUCACUGACUUUCAAAGUAAUGACUGGAUCUUCAGGAUUUUCUGGUGGACAGUAGAAUUCAUGGUCUUGUAGAGAGGCCCUGAAGCAGCAAAGCAUCCUAACACCAUUACACAAUAUUUGGCUGUUCUUAUGUUUUUGUAGAAUGAUAUUUAU